AGAAACUGAGAGGAGGGGGAGGAGUGCAGGCAGGAGGCGGAUAUCUAUCCGCUCUCUCUGCAACUAAUUGUCUCCAGAUCUAGCUUAGCUUAGCUUAGCCUAGCCUAGCUCUGACGCUUGUCUUUAGCGUGGGCUUCAGCUGCUGCAGGAGAAAGCCACUCCAGUCACCGGAGACAGAAUCAGCCGAGACCGCAGCGAGGGAAACUUAAACCACCUUAAAAAUGUCUUCUCCGAAACCAAGGAGCCUCCUGAGGGAAGCAUCUCACCAGAUCAUCGCCGGUGGAUCAGCUGGUCUGGUUGAGAUCUGCCUGAUGCACCCCCUCGAUGUGGUAAAGACGAGAUUCCAAAUCCAGAGGGGAACAGGGGACCCCAACAGCUACAAGAGCCUUGGUGACUGCUUUCGAACCAUCUUCCGUAACGAGGGCAUCUUUGGCUUCUACAAGGGAAUCCUACCUCCGAUCGUGGCAGAAACACCAAAGAGAGCUGUCAAGUUUUUCACGUUUGAGCAGUACAAGAAGUUGCUGAAUUUGACGCCUUUGUCUCCUGGACUGGCACUGUCUGCAGCAGGACUUGGCGCAGGCUUGACCGAGGCGGUUGUUGUCAAUCCAUUCGAGGUGGUGAAAGUCAGCCUGCAGGCCAACAGAGAUGCCUUCAAGGAGCAACCUUCCUCAUUCGCUCAAGCCAGACGCAUCAUCAAGUCAGACGGUUUUGGGCUGAAGGGUCUGAACAAAGGGUUGACGUCGACACUUGGACGCCAUGGUGUUUUCAACAUGAUCUACUUUGGCUUCUACUUCAACGUCAAGGAUGCUAUUCCCACCAACCCUGACCCGACCCUGGAGUUCCUGAGGAAGUUCACCAUUGGCCUGGUGUCUGGGACCAUCUCCUCCUGUGUCAACAUUCCCUUUGAUGUGGCAAAGAGUCGAAUCCAAGGUCCUCAGCCUGUGCCGGGAGAGAUCAAGUACCGCACCUGCUUCCAGACCGUGGCACUGGUGUCCCGGGAAAAGGGGUAUGAACCGGAGGGGGGGGGAUAA